CUGGGUGUAGUGAUUUCCCAAUUCCCACUCGUUAACCCGUUUUUCCUUUUGGGCCAGAAACGACGAGCUUGAAGGAGAUCAUCUUUCUUCUCGUCUUCGCAUUCCUCCGGCUUUGGAGAUCCGAUUGAUCUAACUGAAAAUGUUUCUCACCAGAACGGAGUACGAUAGAGGUGUCAACACAUUCUCUCCUGAAGGUCGUCUGUUCCAAGUCGAAUAUGCUAUUGAAGCUAUCAAGCUGGGUUCGACUGCUAUAGGGAUAAAGACAAAGGAAGGAGUUGUUAUCGCUGUUGAGAAGCGCAUCACUUCCCCACUCCUGGAGCCAAGCAGUGUGGAGAAAAUUAUGGAAAUCGAUUCCCAUAUCGGGUGUGCAAUGAGUGGGUUAAUUGCUGAUGCAAGGACACUCAUAGAACAUGCUAGAGUGGAGACUCAGAACCAUAGAUUCUCAUAUGGUGAGCCUAUGACCGUCGAAUCAACUACACAAGCUCUCUGUGAUUUAGCCCUAAGGUUUGGUGAGGGCGAUGAAGAAUCAAUGUCUAGGCCAUUUGGGGUAUCUCUUCUCAUUGCUGGUCAUGAUGAGAAUGGUCCAAGCCUGUAUUACACGGACCCAUCUGGUACAUUCUGGCAAUGCAAUGCAAAAGCUAUAGGUUCGGGUUCUGAAGGUGCUGAUAGCUCUUUGCAGGAGCAGUAUAAUGAGGAACUCACUCUUAAAGAAGCUGAAACAAUAGCACUGUCCAUCCUCAAGCAAGUUAUGGAAGAGAAGGUGACACCCAACAAUGUGGACAUUGCAAGGGUAGCCCCAACUUACCAUUUGUACCCGGCAUCCGAGGUGGAGGAUGUCAUCAGUCGCUUGUAAGAGGAGAGAACUCCCACCCAUAUCAUCUCAAACUGUUGGACUCGCUCUGCUCCUCUGUCUGUUUCUUGGAAUUGCAAACGUUUCCAUCUGAACUGUGAAAUAUUGGUAAUUGCAUCUUUUUCCUGCAAUUUCCCUUGAGAUUUGUUCGAUUUCGGAUCCUCUUUUCUUUUUAUUGAUUGGGUUUGAUCCUUUUGACUCUAUUUAUUGAACACAUCUUACUUCCCCAAUGAGCUUUCCUCAUAUGUUUUUCUUUGUGACACGUGAAAGCACGUAAACUAGACAUCUGCUGUUCUCUAAACCAUGCCCUCAAUGGUAAACUUUAAGUAUUAG